AGCAUGAAGAAACAAAAUGUGCGCACGAUAUCCCUGAUCGUGUGUACAUUUACAUAUUUGCUAGUGGGUGCCGCCGUCUUUGAUGCCCUCGAAUCGGAGACGGAGAAGCGGCGUUGGGAGGCUUUGCAAGCUGUCGAGGACAUGAUAAUACGCAAAUACAAUAUAUCACAAGAAGAUUUUAAAGUCAUGGAGACGGUGGUACUCAAAUCGGAGCCACACAAGGCCGGCCAGCAAUGGAAGUUCACUGGCGCAUUCUAUUAUGCAACGACAGUGCUAACCACAAUUGGCUAUGGACACUCGACGCCAACCACCCGCGGAGGGAAACUGUUUACAAUGUGCUAUGCCAUUGUUGGGAUACCCUUGGGCCUCGUCAUGUUUCAGAGCAUCGGAGAAAGAGUGAAUAGACUGAGCAGUUAUGUUAUCAAAGCGGUGCGGACAUCGCUGCGCUGCAAACGAACAGUUGCCUCCGAGGUGGACCUUAUAUGCGUUGUCACGACGCUCAGUUCACUGACGAUAGCAGGUGGUGCUGCGGCCUUUUCAAGAUUUGAGGGCUGGAGCUACUUUGAUUCAGUAUAUUACUGUUUUAUUACUUUAACCACAAUAGGCUUUGGCGAUAUGGUAGCUUUACAGAAAGACAAUGCGCUAAAUAGGAAACCCGAAUACGUUAUGUUCGCACUGAUAUUCAUACUAUUCGGACUGGCAAUUGUUGCCGCCUCACUGAACUUGUUAGUACUUAGGUUUGUUACAAUGAAUACCGAGGAUGAGAGACGUGACGAGGCCCAGGCCAUGCAGGCACUUCAAGUGGCUGUCAAACUGGAGGGCGAUGUGAUAACAUCCAAUGGUUCCAUACUGAGCGGCUACGAGGGACACGACGGCCAAUCUCUCAACGGCACAAACACAUCCUCAAUGUGCUCCUGUCGUUGCAUCUGCCUCAAUGGAGGAAACCGGCAUAAAAAACACAAGAAUGCGAGCAGUGACCAUGUUGCAGAGCAGCAAUACAAGAUGCGGCGAUCGCCGACGCACAUAAGACACUUGCUGCCAGAAGUUGUGCCGAUGCAGGAUCUGAACUACGAUACGCAGAGCAUGCAUACGAUUGGAGCACUCAAUGGCAGCGGGAUCAUGAGCGGCAGUCACAUGGGCAUCGGUCUGGAUGUUGUCGAUGAUACGGGAAAUCGAUCGCCGAUUAAACCGCAGCCGCAUCCACAGAAGCUGCUCAAACGCAAUGUAUCGCUUUUAUCAUUUCGUAUUUAGGAGGAACGAACAACGACUCUUGUAGUAGAUGCCCCCUCCACAACACACACACACAUACAACCACACACUCACACAACCAUGAAAAAGGACUUGCAAAUUAAAGUGAUAAACUAAUCUACAAUACAUAAACUAAUGGGAAUACUUGAAACUGAAAACUGAAGCGAUUAGCGAUUAUUUGAAUUGAGAUUCGGAUCUUGCGAUCUUAUAAAAUCUACAAUAUAUUUAUGUGCAUUUACAAUGUAAAGUUACGCCGCAUAAAUAUCGAAGAAGGGAAGGAGAAGCUAGUAGCAAGCAUUAUAGAGAUACUACUAUACUAUACUAUACUUAGAUAUCUAGACCUACACACAACAAAUACACCUAAACAUUACUGAAUUAGGGCACUAUCAAAUUGAUCUAAACCACUGCCAUUUCCGAGCGAUAGAAACAAGACACCACACACUCUAUAUACAUACAUAUAUCGAACUCUUCUAUAUAUCGUAUAGCAUACAUAUAACCAAACUAUUUAAACAGGAACUGCCUUUCCAUGGGGCUAUCUCUUCCACUUCCACAUAGAGGACAUGCCAAUCCAGUUGAAACUAAAUAGAUUCGAUCGAUAUAACAAGAACAACUUAAUUCUGUAAAUACCUAAGUAAAUGCUUAAUCAUUUUAUUAGUACAUAAUCCAUUUUAUUAUGCAUUUGUAUUUCUUAUGAUUAUGAUAUUAGUUUAAACAUAUUAAACAUACAUUUACUAUGUAUAUAACAUAAUAUAAACUAGUUUGUAGAAGCAUCUAAAACGCCAAAACAAAAACAACAACAACUUGUGCUUAUCAAGUGCUCAAUUGUCUCCGCAGAGUGCCAAAAAAACAUAUUUACAUAGGAGUAGGGGAUACUGAGGACCCACUCAGUCCUACAGAUAUCGCAUCCUAGACCCUAACCCAAAUCCUCAAUCGCAUUUAGGCCAAGUAAAAGAAAAGCAAAACUAAAAUCAAACCGAAAAACAAAACAAAAUUCCAUUUGGUUUAUUUCUUAUUUGAUAGAUAACAUAACAUAAUUAAUAAAAUUUGCAAAUUGAGAAAGUGAGAAUGAAAUUCUUCCAGUUAUAGAUUAAUUUCCAGGUAUUUUGCUCACUCGUUAGAUAACAAACCCGAUUAUAUAUAGAGUAUAUAAUAUGUCCUUAUGUGCUUUGUAAAUAGAUUUAAAUUACUUUAAACAAAUAUUGUUAAUACCGAAAGCAGAGUUACGAAGCAUAGUUAUGUAUUUAAUUCUGUAUUGAUGACAAAUAGCGUACGAGACUUUUUAAUAUUUGCAAACAUUUAUUUCAAAUUUUCAGUAGUUAUCGUAUCCGUAUGUGUUUAAACAAUUUCAAUUUCAAAAAAGAAAACAAAUAUGAAAUUUAGCUACUCAAUUCUAAAAAUGAUAAAACAAAACAAAUUGUAAUUUUAAUUCACAAAACAAAUAAAGCGAAACAAUUUCAGUAAGACUUUGUAAUAUACAUUUCGAGUAUAUUCAAAAUCGAGAAUAAAAUCGAUCCCAGAGUUUUUCUUAUCGAUGUGGAGUAUGGAAAUAAAACAACAGUUCUCUUUACAUUAUUUUUAAAUGUUUUCAUUCAGUUUUUAUUGAAGUAGACCUUUUUAUAUAGACAAAAUGUGAUAUUUUGGUUUAAACAGUUUUUGAUAGGCAAGAAUUCAAAUUGCCCGGAUUGCAAAAGAUAUUAUAAGCUAUGGACAAUUUUCGACCUUUUAAGUUUGUUUGUGUUUGUCUGUCUUCUUAUUUGUUUUGGAAUCGAAUCUCUGGUAUUCAACAUGAAAAUACAUUCGGGAUUGCGAUUCCAUUUCAAUGUCAAAGAAAUGCCUAAACAUAAUUUUUAAAUAUUAAAAAAAUGUUCACUAUGCCUGGUAG